AUCGACUUUUUGCAUAGAUAAUACAUAACAGAGGCAAUAAAAAAUUAAAUCAGCAUUCAACACAGACAAGUGAAUGAAGAAAUCAGACAGUAUCCAAAGCAUAAGAUGAGUGCCAUGACUACAUUGUGUGUCUUAAUAGUAAUAACCCUGAUACAAAGUGUAUGGAGAGUUGAAGCUGGGAAAUGCUCAAGUCUUCAAGCAAAACUGAAGAAAGCACAGGUUGAACUGGGUAAAUUGAGGAAAAUCGCAGCCCAAUGUCCCCAGCGACCAUUAAGCUGCCCAGAUGGAUUUGUUUGGAAUGUUCGAUUGAAUACUUGUCACAAAUUCAUUUACAAGAUAAAGGUUUCUUGGUUUGAUGCCCUCACUUACUGCCAAUCUCUUGGAGCAAACCUUAUAGCAAUUGAGAAUGAAAAUGAACAAACAUAUGUCAUUGAGCAAAUUCAAGCAGCAAAAACAUCAGGAAAACAUACCAAUGAAAGAAGUGAUUUUUGGACUGGGGGAAAUGAUCUAUGUGAUGACUGGAAGUGGUCAGGUGGUCCAAGCUGGAUACCAAAGCCACUUAAUAACUUCACAAAAUGGGACGUAUUGUUUGGGAGUAGACCACAGCCUGAAGUGAAUGAGGAGAAAUGUAUGUUCAUUCAUGGGACACGGGAUUACAAAUGGCAUGAUGGGGGCUGUCAGGAAUCAAGAUUUUUCAUCUGUGAGAUAAAUCUUCCAUAGAAGAACCAUACUGUUAAAUUUGAACAUGUGAAAGUAUUGGAGAAACAUCUCUCUUGAAGCAACUGUAUCUUGACUCUAAUGAUAAAUUCAAGUUUGACUGGUUCCAAACUGGUACACGGAGACUGAAUUGAGAAAUAAACAUUUUUCUUUGACAAGGGAAGGAGAUUUGGACAACUUCUUGCUUGCCUUUGAGAAAUUCUUUCCAGUCAUAAAAACAAAAACCCCAAAGAGACUUAAUCAAAUGAUAUUUUUAUUCUUUAUCAUGAAAAAUGUAAAUGUUGCACAAUUACCUGAUUCAAAAAUGCAGUAAACAGCUCAUCUUUACAUAAUAUGGAAUGGGCAGCUGUUCGUAAAAGGAAAUUCUGAAAAUAAAAGAUGAAAUCAACUAAUUAGUAUCAAAUAUUAUACCGAGUCAGGUUUUGUUGAUUUAGGCCUCUU